CUUCCAGCACUGGUGCACGUGGAAGCACGCACACCUAUUCUGGAAUAAACAUGAGCAACACAUCUUGAAGAACACCAGUUACGGAAAAGGUAACUGCCUUUUAUUUAUGGGAGCCAUUUCUUCACUGGCAGACAGACUCCUUCUCACGCUGCAACCUCCCAUCCUCUGCACAAAAAUAGCUCUUUAAAUGUUGGGAUUUUCUUGUGAUACUCCACUACUUGCACCUUGCACUCUGCCUAUUCUGGGGAUGCAAGUUCAGGGGUUGAUAGAGACACGCUCCUGUUAUCCCAUCAGGAUUCAGGCCUCAGGCAGUCCUCUUAUGUCAAGCUCCAAACUGGUCCCUGUGCUCUUGCUUUCCUGUUACGUUUGUUUGCUUACUCACCAGCAGAGUCAAUCAGAUUUUUUUCAGAAUAAAUGUUUGCUCUUUUUUUUAACCAGCUGCACUCAGUAAUUCACAGAAUUUCAGUCAUUUGCAAUGGCUCUGCCAGGCAGCAGUGUAAUGAACAAGGUUCCACUGUUCUUCUGAACUGAAUUGAAACAUCUGAAGCAGAGAGAGUUUAUCUUGCAAGUGCUAAAGCUCCCAGCAGAUGACGCAAAGGCAAGUUGUGACAGCUAUUACAUGUAGUCUGUGCAAUUCGGGUGCUUGUUUUGCAUUGUCUCUCCUCUAGCUAUUGAGUCACAGGUUAGAAAUCUGACAAGAUGUCACUAGUUACUGCUCAGCUUCCAAAAAGUGAACAUGGAAAUAGCUCAUGCCCAUGAAAAGAAUAGUAUAGUUUGCUUGGUAUGCUGUACGGGAUGUUUCUCUCCUACGGUGAGUUAGUCCAGUUGCAGCAGCACCACACCCGACUCUGCUGGUGUCUCAUGAAGGCAAGGUUGAAAAACAGGGUGUCUUGGCUCUGGGGAAGGAGGUGGGUUGGGAGAAUGUUGGUUCUCAUGUUCCUAUCUCCUCAUUGGUUGGUUGCCUUCCCUUCUCAUUAGCUGCGGGCCUGAGUUGAUAGGUUUCUUGGCAGGGAGGAUGUAUCAUGUAGGUAUAUGACCUAUAUGUAUAAUGAAUAAUAUUAUUAACAGCUCUGUUAUUGGGACUGGAGGCUUUGGAAGUGGGUGGGUUGGUAAGGACUUCUCUCUCCACUGAGCCAUCCAUCUUUGAGAGUAAUAGUGCAAAUAGACUUAUCUGAUCUGGCCAAUUUAAAAAAUCUCCAGAGGAAAAAUCUGUGGCACUGUAGUUACGACAUUUGCUGCUGUUAGUGUUUGGAGAAGCAGCAGGUGAACUGUAAAUAAGACCAUGAUGAGGCUGAGAAUGACUCUUGUUUUGGGCUUUGGUUUUCUUCUGGUCCAUGUUAAAGGUCAAGGUGAUUUUGAUUUAUCUGAUGCUCUUGAUCAUCCUGAGGAAACAAUUACCAAGAAGCCUCCACCGGCUACCAAAAGGCCAGUGUUUGAUGAUCAUCCAAAACCUCACCCACGUCCUCCUCACAAGCCGCAGCCGGGAAGCUAUGGCAAUGAUGACCGCUUCAGUGACUUAGAUCUCAAUGAUGGGAAACCUCUACCCCCAAGGCCUGCAGGAGAAAAGGAGAGUAAUGUCAAUCAUGGUGGAAACACUGAUUCUGGAGUAAUUGCUGGAGUUACGUCACCUGUGAUUUCUGUGCUUGUGCUGUUAGUUGUUGGAUCAGUAGCUGGUUACACAGCUUACAAGAAGAAGCAACUCUGUUUUAAAGCUAAUGGUGGGACAACUGUGUAAGCUGGCAAGAGAGGAAUUGCCCAGUGAUAAUGAAUAUUUUCUGCACAACACCGGACUACUUAUUGUUAAGAUGUACUUAAGUAAUAUAUGAAUGGGUAACAUAGUACAAUCUGAUGCAUAUUAUACAUAUGAAUGUAUAUUUUGAUUCAGAUGCUAACUCUGUGAUAAUUCCUCAAUUAUGUGCUAUAAUAUUUUUCUAAGGUUAAAGGUUUGUGUCUGAGCAUUGGGUUCACAGACUAUUCAGUGUUUUUUCUAUGCCUAUUUUUUUUAAUACUUUAGGUGAUGAGAAAAAAGGAACUUCCGCCUAUGUGUUGUAUUGAUGUUCUCUUGUAUAUCUGUAUUUUUUAUAAAGUUUGAGGCAAAUACUUGAAGUUUUGGAAAAAGUUUAAAGAUUUUACUUUCCUUUAUUUUAUACUUUACAUCUGAAUUCUGCUGAAUAGAAAAAUCUAUAGUUGAAAAAAGCAUUUUCAUCCUUCAUUUUUCAAAAAAAGAUGAAAAGUUCUGUGUACUACAAAACCACUGAUAGAAAGGAAGCCCCAAACCAUAUAUGAGGGGCACACAUUGAUUUUUAAGGAAAUGUGUUUAGCUCCACUUAAGUUCUGCAAAUCUUGCUUGAACCCUGCUUCUUUUCUAUGAAAUUUCUUAAUAUAGAAAGGGCUAGUUCCAGAAUCCAUUAGAGUCAAUGGGUGCCCUCGCAUUGUCUUUAAUGGGCUGAAUCAGCCCCAUAGGUACUGGUUUUCAGGAAAUUUGAAGACCCUGUAAUAGAAACUAAAUUGCGGUAGUUCUUUAAAUCAGUCAUCAUAAUCACCACAUUACUGGCCUUUUUUACAAAAACAGUCAGAAUUUUCUUGUGGAGGAAGGAAUCAAUUUGAUUACAGAUGUAGUAUGCAAGGAGAAUGCUUGUGGGUGGGAAACAUGAUGCUUUGAAUUCUAAGCCCCAUCUUGAGUCACAUAUAACCAAUCUGUUAAAUUUUAUCUUUUUGAUAUGUUUGUUGUUCUUAUGAUUUUAAUCAUGUAGUCUCUAUUCAUCUUUAAACUCAGCAUUUUCACCUUUAUUUUACAAAUGAACUACCAUAUAUACUCAUUCAUUAGCCUGUUCGUUUAUAAGCCGAUCCCCCAAGGUGGUUAGGUAAAAAUAGCAAAAACUGUAUGACCCUUUCAUAAGCUGAC